CCUCUUUGCGCCGGCGCAUCAGCUCGCCGGAAUCCUCGUCGGACCUCCGCCGGCCGCCGCAUCCCAUGGCCCGCCGCCGGCCUCCGACUAGCCCCCUACUCCGUCCUGCGCCCGCGUUGACGGCGCCCCCUCCGCCUCCGGUACCACCCCCCCUCCAUCCAUGGCUAUCUUCCCUUUUUUUCAUUUCUUUUUUUUUUUGCAGAACACCACCAACCAUGGCGAUCUAUCUAAAUCGUCUCGUCCAUUUCGUCUGAUAUUCUUUAUACUCUUGAAAAGGCGUUUCAUCAUUUAUCUUGUAUGCUAGAUGCAGAGGAUUUCAUUUUUCAGGACGAUGAUGCUUCCAGAUUUGUUUUCAAGAUUCCGGCGAUCAUCUAUCUAUCUGAUGGCAUCAGUGCGUUCAUCAUCAGCGAUCCCAUCUGAUCUGCCGACACUUGACCGCGCCCCUGCGGACGCUGCGGCGGAUCAUUAAAUCGACCCACUUGGCUGCUUCCUUGUGCAUCCCGGAAGAGAAUGGCUGGCCGUGCCACGUGGAUUCGAUCCCAGUUGCUACACCCACCACAUGCUCGCUCGCUCUGUGCAAAGUCAUGGUCAACUCCUUUUGCAUUUCAUAUAAAAGAAAGGAAUAGUCAUUAACAACUCGAGGGGAGGGAGAAAAAGCUGGUUGCGACCGGCCGGAGAAUCGGAGUCAGUCGUCCUGCCAGACAUCGCCGGUGUUGAGCAGAGUACCAUCAUCCUGAAAUCUGUGGAAUCCUUUCGCUGAGGUUCUAUGUUCACAUGUUCAGAUAGUUUGGCUAAAAAGUUGGUCCAUAGAGAUAGUAAAGCGUGACAAACAACUGUUAAACAACAGAGACACAGUGCUCAACAUUGAAGGAUCUGUAAUGUUGGUAUAUGACAGAACUUGCAGAAAAAUAAGACUAUGACUGGAAGUAUCUCACAAUACCAUGAUAAGUUCAAGUUUAAAGUAGACAUCAAACAGAAUAUUAAGGUUUUCACAGAAGAUGAGAUUAAACGGAUUACUAGCAACUUUAGCGUUCCCAUCGGACGAGGUGGCUUUGGAGAAGUCUAUAGAGGGACUCUUGAUGAUGACUAUGAUCUUGUUGCAGUGAAGAGAUAUAUCAGCAAAGAUCUAAGAAAAGAGUUUAUGGAAGAAGUAAGCAUCCAUAGUCAAAUGAGUCAUAAAAAUGUGGUGGAGCUCAUAGGCUAUUGCAUUGGAGAAAGUACUCUAAUGAUUGUUACUAAGUAUAUCUCCAAAGGAAACCUUGAUGACAUACUCCACAACAGUGACAUUUCCAUCCCUUUGGAUGUAAGACUUGGUAUUGCUAUAGGGUGUGCAGAAGCAUUGAGCCACAUGCAUUCAAUGCAUUUAUCAAGUGACAGUCUUGUUUGUCAUGGUGACAUUAAGCCUGCCAACAUACUUCUAGAUGACAAUCUGACAGCGAAAUUGUCGGACUUUGGAGUGUCAAGGCUUCUUUCAGGUGGCGUUACUCAGUAUACUGAACAUAUAAAAGGAAGCACAUCCUACAUGGAUCCUAUAUACUUUCAAGAGGGUUGUCUUACUCCAAGGAGUGAUGUUUAUAGUUUUGGAAUAGUUCUCGUGGAACUAAUAGCCCGAAAAAGGGUAAGAAAAGGUGACGUUAACCUCAUUGGAUCUUUCAAUAAAGCCUGUGCAAGUGGGAAAGACAGAGAAAUAUUUGAUUCUGCAAUAGCAAAUAAGAAGAAUAUGAAGAUUCUCAAAGAAAUGAGGAAAUUGGCAAUCGAAUGCCUAUCACUGGACAUUCAUAAACGUCCUCAGAUGAAUGUUGUGGAAAAACGCCUUCGGAUACUUAAAAAGGAAUUAAAGAACAUACAUGAAAAGUAUUCAGAAUCCAUUUUGGCGUCGCACCAAGCAUGGCACAAAAACUACAACCAGGGCAUAACCAUGCCAAGCUAUAAUUCUAGGACACAGCUUAAGAAGAGUUUGAGCAUUUUCAAAAGAAAUCUUAGCAGUUCUAAGAUUUUGUUGGAACUUGGCAAUGUGAGGAUUUUUACACAAGAGGAGCUAAACGAAGUCACACAGAAUUACUCUUAUCUUCUCAGUGGAGGUACUUCGGGUAAGGUUUACCAAGGAACGCUUGAGGACAAUACGGUGGUAGCGGUGAGGAGAUUUUCUGAGGUAUUUGAGGGCUUUGAAGAGGCAUUUAUCAACGGAGGGAUGAUCCUUUCUCAAAUUGUCCACAGGAACAUCGUCAGACUUUUGGGUUACUGCUUGGAUGCUGAUUGUCCAGCUUUCGUUUAUGAGCAUGCUGCUAGAGGUACUCUUUCUGAUGUUCUAGAUCGCCAUGAAGAUUUCCCACUGCAUUUACGUGUGAAGAUUGCAGUUCAGACAGCAGAAGCAUUAGAAUACCUCCAUUCCUCACCAACUGGUAUCAUCAAACAUGGUUAUGUUGUGCCAUCCAAGAUACUUGUCGAUGACAAUUUCACACCGAAGCUGACAGGCUUUUCAUGGGCACAGAGGCUUAUCAAGGCAAGUAAGGUCACCAUUGAUGACGAUGUAAUUUGUAAUGGGUUCAACAAUGGUGCAUUUCAUGAUCGGUGUGUGUCGCUAAAACUGAAAACCGAUGUGUACCAGUUUGGUGUUCUUCUUUUGACACUCAUCAGUAGGAAGAACUUUGUGUUUUACGCGGAUCAUGAUCACCUCAUCUUACAACUCCGUGCAGCUUACAAGACAGAUAACAGUGGAAGGGCAUUUUUUGAUGAUGAUAUCGCAGCUCGUAGUGAAGAUAUUACUCUGCUUGAAGUGAUCGGGAGGCUAUCGCUGAACUGUGUUUCUGAAAUAGAUCAAAGACCAACAAUGAAAGAAGUGGCAGAACACCUUCGGAUAAUUAGGAGAUCUUGGAAGAAUAAUGGCAGAGCAGAUGGAGCCACACUGGUAUCUGAAGCUGUAACUAAAUCUCGUAUCACCGGAGCUGAAGGAACUACUUAAAAUUGACAGGCCACUUGGUUCAGAUAUCAGAGAUUAAGCCGAAUUGAUCGUAUGUACAUAUUGCGUGAUGUGUUGUAUUGUUACUGGAACAUCUUGCAUGCACAGCAGUUUGAUUUGCAAUUGUGCUGCCAGUCAAAUGAAGUCAUCUGAACUUGCAUGCCAUCUGCUUCUCAUGCUGUCGAUCCCAUGAUGAUAUCUGAAAUUGGUUCUGCUAACGGAUCCAGAAAAUUUAAGUUCAGUGUUCGAAGUGGUGUUUCCCUUAACACAUGUUUAGCCAGCCAUCAAUUCAAGACCACAAGAUUUAUUUCAUUUCGAUAGUGACCUAAAAAGCCUCAGCUGGUGAUAAGUGGAAUUUCUAUUCAGUUAGUGAUGUGAAUUACUGAUUACAAAUUUACAAGCACUAUAGUGAACAUUUGAAAACUCAUUAGUUAUGGUGCUAGGUGGCCAUCCAAAGCCAAAGGUGGACCAUUGUGCUUGUGUGUCAGAACUCAGAAGGUAUAUAGUAUGCAUGCUUAUUUGAGUACGAUGCAUUUGUCUGUUACAAAGAAUAUUUCUUAAUUGGAUCGAUUUUGUUCGUUGCAAAUAUAUCCAUCUAUUUUUGUUAUAUACUAC